AUGCCGCGCCUUGUGAGGAAGAAGCCGCUCUCUGAGCGCGUGAAAGCGUGGCUCAACCCGAUGGACACCCUCCUUUGGUUGUCGGAGGAGCUCGAGACGAGGGACUGGGACUCGAAAGCAUUGGGGACACAGCUCGGACUCGGCUUCAACUUCGCCUUCCUCCUGGCUAGGGCUAACUGCAUGACCUCGGAGGCGGAGGACGAUGUAUUCAACGACGCGGGUUCUGGCAGCUUCGUCACCUUCGUGGUUCGCCCGCUCGUCUGGAUACUUGGCGGCCUCUCCCUCGUCAAUGCCUUUUAUGCGAUGACCCGGACGAGGCAGUAUCGGUUGUUCCAGGUUAAUGUCGAGGAUAAACUACACACACCUUCCGCGCAGCGAGUCAAGGCGAGAACCGACCCGUCGGCCUCCUCCCCUCUCCGAAGGCUAGGAAGUCUUUUGGCCCCCGAGACGGCCGAGUCGCGAGCGCAUCCCGACAAGUCGCACGAUGUAUGGGAGCUCAGCGUCUGGGAUCCUCUCCCGGUUUCCCUGCAGCUCUUUUGCCUGUUCAGCCCCGGCCAUGUCCUGGUUUACAUGAUGUUUCUCCCGCUGGUGCCGUUGGAUCCUCGUCCCAGCGUUACGGUCUUCAACUGCGUCGUUCUGCAGCUCAUUCUCUCGGUCCAGUUGCUCUUCGUCCAGUCGCGGUACGCCCAGCAGAUCAAGGACACUGCCAUUAUCCACAGAGAGGUUCUCCACGAAUACGACACCAAGUUCGUUCGCCCGCGCCUUCACCCCGUUGUCCGCGAUGUCGGCACGCAGUGCUCUCCCGAAGAGUCCCAGGAUGAAGAGUCCUUUGUUGAGCUCGGCACUCCGACUACCGUUAUCAAGAAGGAAUUCGUGGUCACGCCCAACCCCCAUGUCAAGCAGGAUGAGCCGGUUCACACCCCGCCGACCAGUAGCUUCGCUUCCCGGUUGUUCACGCCCACGCCGAACCGCCGCUCCGAGGUCUUUACGCCAGCGCCUAGUUCGCGAGCGGUUCGACAGAGCAUGCCUUCUGCGUACCAAUCCACUUCGACCUCUACCACGAAUGUAGCUGCGAACGCUGGCUCUACCAACUUUGGGGGAAACAUGGGCGUGUUCACCCACGCGAACUCUCCCCUGAAGAAGGCGACCAGCUUCAACGACGUCAACCAGGCGUUUAUGUCUCCUCGCAAUUCUCGGGAGAUGGCUGCGUUGGAGCAGCGCAGGGGAGGGAGCCCGGUGAAGGUCGGAAGUCCGCUUAAGCAGUCUGAGACUAGAAGAUCCACGGGCUCCGACGCUCUCGAGAACACGAACUCGGCAUCGUACAACCCGUUUGCCAGUGCCAAAAGAAACAGGAGUCUGCAGCAAGGAGAGCGAUACCCGUCGAGAUGGUCUGGGUUUCACUGA